GGAUCAGAUAACAGAAUCCAGCAACCUUAUCCUCAAAACUUCCAAACUGCAAAUACCUCUGAUGUUUCCCACCAAAAGUAGCAGAAAAUAAGGUAAAAUUUAAAGAAAAAAAAUGGCAACAGCCUUUCUCCCAACUGCAAGCACCUUCCUUCCAUCUCAUCUAUCCUCUCCAGCAUCUUCUUCUUCCUCUUCCCCAUCACUAAUUUUCCCUUGCAAACACAAUGCAAAGGGAAAAUUAGCAAUAUGCAGGGCAGUCAACGAUUCAACACCACUCUCUCCAAAUCUUACCAAACGAGGCCUUUCAAUCUGCUUCAUCACCAGCUUUUCCUUCUUGUUAGCUGGUCAAGGCUGCUCCAAUGCUAAUGCUGCGAUUCUGGAGGCUGAGGAUGAUGAGGAGCUCUUGGAGAAGGUCAAGAAGGACAGAAAGAAGAGGCUUGAAAGGCAAGGGGUCAUUAGCUCAUCCAACAAAGAAACAGGGUUUCUGCAGGAUCUGGUGUACAAGCUGAGCAAAGUUGGUCAAGCCAUUGACAACAACGAUCUAUCUACAGCUAGUUCAGUUCUUGGGGGAAGCACUGAUACAGAUUGGGUUAAGAAGGCCAAUAUAGCCUUCAGAAAGCUGAGCUCUAGUCCCGAAGAGAAAUCUCAAGUGGAUUCAUUUAAUUCUUCACUAUCUUCAUUGAUAUCAUCAGUGACUCGUAAUGAUGUUGAGUCCUCCAAACUUGCUUUUGUGUCGUCAGCAAGUGCAUUUCAGAAAUGGACAGCCUUAACCGGGCUUGUCGGACAGCUUAAGGGUCUUUGAUUAGGGAUACACCACAAAUUUUCAUUUUAAUGAGAGGAAGUAAUGAAGUCAGAUCAGUUAGUCCUUAAUUACAAUUCCUGAUCAAUAUAAUUUAUUGCUCAGUGUAAUUUAUUCUUCAAAUUUUGACAUCAUCA